AUGCAAUCAAAUAAAUCAGAAAUUUAUAGGAAUUAUGAUUUUUAUAAUUCAGAUAAUUGGAGUGCAGUCAAACCAAAAAUUUAAGACUACAUUUAGUAAUUUUAAUAAUAAUCAAAGCCAUAAAUUGAUAUUAAAUCAUUCUAUUAAAAUCUAGAGUAUGAUCAUUCUUUUAUUUAAUGGAUGUUUCCUAACUUUUAUGCUAGUAAGUUUAAUCCAAACUCAUAUAAACUAACACUAGAAGAAAGAGAGAAGAUGAUUAAAUCACCUAAAAUAUUAGACCGAUUUUAUAAAAAUUAUAAAUUAAUCUUGUGCUUUUUUGGAAUUAAAUUACUAGAUCAAAAAAUUGAUAUAUUAAAUAAUUCUGGUAUUAAUGAUUAGUAAAUUUAAACUAAAUCAUAAUUAGAUUUAUAAUAAAAGAAUUCUCAAGAUUCAGAAUUUAAUAAUAAAGGACAAUCUAAAGUUUCAUCUUAAUAAAUAUAAGGCUAGAAUAAAAAAUUGAAAAUAACACUAAAAUAAUAAAAAAAAUAACAUGAAAUAGUCCCAUAAAUUUAAUUCUAAGAAUAAUAAUAAAAAAAAUAAUAAGAAUAGAAACAAAAAUAAGAAAUAUAAUAAUUAUUAUUAUAAGAGUAAUAAGAAUAACCAUAACAAUCAUAAUAAUAAUAAUAAUAAUAAUAAUCAUAAUCAUAAGUAUAAGUAUAAUAAUAAUUAUAAUAAUCAUAAGUAUAAUAAUAAGAAGAAAUAAUAUUAAUAGAAUCCAACAAUAGCAAUUUAUAAGUUGAUUAACAAAAUGUCAAGAAAUAAUCGAAGAAAUUAGUAUUAAUAGAUAAGAGUUAAUUUGAAUUGUGUUGUUUAAAAAACACUCAUAAUUUAUUAAGAUUAAAAAGAAUUCUUUCCUCUUUAAGCGUUUUAAAACAUAGAGAGGAUGCAAUAUUACUAUGUGAGUUUUUAAAAGAAUAGUUAAGUUCUUUAGGAAAGAAGAAUAUAUAUGAUUAGUUUUUCAGUGGAUUUGACAGAUAUGAUGAAGAAUUAUCGGAAAAGGAAAAAAAAAAUAAAAAUGUGCAUCAUUCCUUUAAUUCUUGGAAGGUGCUUUAUGUAGAUAUAGAUUUAAUAGAGACAGUAAAUAUUUCAAUAAUUUAAUGA